AUGGAGCAACUCCGAAAAGAUGGCUGGCACAUCAACGAAUCGCAAACCGCCGACUACUUCGAUGAAGGCGUUCUGCCGAAGACGUCACCGGAGAUUCUAAAAGUGAUUCUGAACGAGGAUCUGCGGAAUUUCGGCGAAGCCAGCAUUAUCAAUUUGCAUAAAAAGGACGAGUCGAUUUUGGAAGGACCAUGUGUGCUUCAACUGCUUCGUUAUCGAAAUGUUUCAGUGCCAAGAAUCAAGGAAGAGCUAAACCAAACGGAUCCGUCUCACUCGAUAAUCCGUCUUUUUCUCACGGAUGGACACACAUCUCUAUCCGCUUUGGUCCUUCAUACCAUCCCUGGAAUCAAUUCCGACACGCCGCCAGGCACAAAAAUUCAAAUUAACGGGAAAAUUGAAAUGGAGGGAGGAAAUUUUUUGAUUUUGGAAAAGAAACAUGUAAAAAUUUUGGGCGGUCGUGUGGAGGAGAUGAUUGAGAAGUGGAAUGUUGAGAAGAGUUCGGUCAGAGCCGAUGGAUUCAAAUCGAGUGUUGGAAAGGGGACAGGGGCACCGAAAUGGGUGUCUUUUGGGAAAAGAGGACAGAAAGGAGGACAAUUGGAGAAGGGAUUCAAGGCGAAUUCCGUGAUGCCAAAAACCCUCCAAAAAGAAGGCGAUGACGCUGACGACUUCUCCAAAAACCGCGCAGAAAUUCUCAAAGAUUUGGACGCCACCGACACGAAAACUUUCGCCAAACCCAACCUAGCCCCGCCCCCUGUCAAAGCUCCGCCCCCACCGAAAGAACGGCGAGAAGCUCCGCCCACUUCCACUAAACCUUCUAGAAAGGGGCGUGGCCGCAAGAAUUCCGAAGAUGGACCCGACGUGGAUCUUGGAGAAUAUGCGAAUCACAAGCCCAGCGGGCCGGCGACCCUUUUCGAUUUUAUUGGGGGUGGUGGGGAAAAAGGGGCGGAGCUUGUGGAGGCGGUCACCGAAAAGACUGCAAAAAUACACGUGUCAGCUGGGGGAUCUGGAAGAGGAGGCGGAGCGUCGAGAGGUGGUAGAAAACAUGGAGACCGCCCGCCGAGAAACGACCGAAACGACACUAGAAGCGGUGGUGGCGCCGGACCAUCGUCCAAAACCUUUGAAAAUCCACGUGGCAACCAUCAGGAUCGUCCGCUACGUGGCAGCGAACGAGGCGGAAAUUCUGGAAAAUUCCAGAAUCAGCAGAGAAUUUCAGACCGCCCAACUACUCAACCGCCUCAAAAUCAGCGACAGAAUCAACAAAAUCGCCCUCAAACUGGCGGCCUAUCUGACGCGUCCCGUCGACCACAAAAUCAACCGCCACAUGGAAAUCAGAAUCCACGUGGAAACUACGAAGCUCAGAAUUUCCAGCCACGUGGCAAUGAGAACCCCUUCCAGGGAGGCCAACAACAGCAGCAGCCGCCACGUGGCAAUUAUCAGAAUUUUCAAGGAGGAGGACAACAGCAACAAAAACAUCCACGUGGCACCCAAAAUGACUUCCAAGGAGGGCAGCAGCAGCCACGUGGCAACUAUCAGCAACGCUUCCAAGCAGCACCGCCACGUGGCAAUCAAAAUCCCUUCCAAGGAGGCCAGCAACAGCAUCCGCCACGCGGCGAUCAACAAGGAGCACAUGACCAGUAUCAGCCACGUGGCACCCAAAAUGACUUCCAAGGAGGUCAGCAGCAGCCACGUGGCAACUAUCAGCAAAGCUUCCAAGCAGCACGUGGCAAUCAGAAUACCUUCCAUGGAGGCCAACAACAGCAACAACAGCCACGUGGCAAUCAACAAGGAGGACAUGACCAAUAUCAGCCACGUGGCAAUUAUCAGAACCAGCAGCACCAGCAGCAGCCACGUGGCAACCACAAUAACCUCCAGGGACCACCACUAUGGAGCGUCGGUGCUCAGUGCCUUGCCACGUGGACCGACGGAAAAUUGUAUGCGGCGACGAUAAUAGAACUACAAGCGAAUCACACUGCCGUCGUGAGAUUCAACGAGUACGGAACUACUUAUAAAGUUCCUGUUGACUUUUUGAUUCUUCCAUAG